AACCGGAAGUUAAUGUACACAGAGGAGAAGCGCAAAUAAAAUCAUAUUCAUGAAUUUGAAAAUCAGUUUAAAUGUCUUAAUCUUCACGUUCACACUUAAAAAUCGUAACCGAGCUUCACAUAUAAAGGAGGUAUCUGCUGGCUAAAUGGAUCAACUAACCGCGGUUUUGUUUUGGCUGAUUUGAGUGAAGGGAACAGGAAAACAUUGAAACAUUUGCGCAUUUUGUCCUCAACAAGCAGCAAAAACCAAAGAGCUUUUGCUGUGAAGGUCCAGCCGUACCUCCAUGGCUUCAUCAGAGGUCAGCAUGCAGGAGAUAAGUGAGGUUGUUAUCGUCACCAUCCCGGACUCUGUGGAUCUCCCCUCUGUGGUGGAGGAGGACAAGGCUGUGCUGGUAACCACAGAGCUGACACAGGCUGGGGAGGACGUCCUCACAGUCGCACCAGUGGAAGCAGAAGCCGAGAGCAGCAGAGCCGAGUCAUUAUCCAAGGAAGAGGCGGUUAUUGUGAAGUUGUCUGAGGAGGUGGACGUCGAGGCUGACGUCUACUAUCCCAUCACAUGUGGAGACGCUAAAGGCACUCUGGUCUGGAAGAAGUUUGUCUGUCCUGGGAUCAACGUGAAAUGCGUCCAGUUCAAUGAGCAGCUCAUCAGUCCAAAAGAGUUUGUGUGUUUAGCUGGAAAAUCCACUUUGAAAGACUGGAAGAGGGCGAUCCGCCUCAACGGCACCAUGCUCAGGAAGAUCAUGGAUUCGGGUGAACUGGACUUCUACCAGCAUGCGAAGGUCUGCUCCAACACCUGCCGCAGCACCAAGAUAGAUCUGGUGGGGACCAAGGUGGCGAUGGGCAGCGAUCAGACUGUGGACCUGGUUUCUGCCGCAACUUCUUCAGCCGACUUGAACGGAGCUGCUGUCUCCUUCCCAGAGACGACGGAGGAAACGUCGGAGUGGGUCACAGCGAUCAGAGAGGACUCGCUGAUGUUCUGGCGUGCGGUGAAGGAAACGGGGCUGCUGGAGGAGGUGGUGGAGGACUUUCAGAAGGAGCUGCAGGAGGUGCUGAAGGGGCUGCAGGAGAGAGUGUGUAAUCCACCGCUUCAGGUCAAAGAUGCCGUUUUACUCAACAACAUCGUGCAGAACUUCGGGAUGCUGGACCUGGUGAAGAAAGUCCUGGCCAGCCACAAGAGCCAGAUGGACCGGUACCGGGAGCAGUACACUCGCAGCCUUGUGGCUCUGGAGCAGCAGUGUGACGAACACAGGAAACGCGCUAAAGAGCUGAAGAGUAAAUCGCAGCACCUCAACAACGUGCUGAUGACCCUCACCCCGGUCCCCGCCCCCCUGGUGACCAAACGACCCCGGCUGACGCGCGCCGUGUCCGGCCCGGCCACCAUCAGCGCCGCCCCCACCCAGAUCACUCUUCCCUUCAACCAGCUGGGCGGCCUGCCGCUGGGCAAGGUGCUGACGGUGGCGGGAGGCCAGGCGGGCACCAACCUGGGCGGCUACACCUUCCUGACCUCCCCGCUCUCCGGCUCCGAGCUGGUGGCCGACGGCUCCAACGUGACGGUGCUGUCCUCGGCGCUGGGCCAGGACGGGGCGGCGGGGUCCGGCGCCUUCGUCAAGAUGGUCGGCCCGCAGUUCCAGCUGGUGACGCUGCCGCUGGCCGCCGCGCAGGGCAGUCCCGUGCGGCAGCAGCUCACCGGCAUCACCGUGGUGGACGCCGUGGCGGCCGAGGACGGGGAGGCGAGCCAGACUGAGGGGGGCGAUGAAGGUCAGCCGGAGGAGGACGGGGAGCAGCAGUGAGACGGGGGAGACAGCUGGACGGCUCCGGGGUUGGCUGGAGUUCAUCAAUUAUGUUGCAGCGGCAGAUUUGGACUUUUAAACGCCAUUUCAUGCCACGACAUCUAUCAGACGUGUGAGCCCGCCAUCCUGCCGCCACUCAAACUCAAACUGCUCAUGACAAGUUUGACUUCCUUAUGUUGUUUGUAAAUGAUCUUUGAUACGUACUGGAUUCACGCCGUGUAGCCUCGAGCUCACCGGGAGCUUCAUCUGUCAUUAAAUGCUCCUUUUUUUAGACCAGUUGGUUGAGUGUUACAUAAUUACAGUGUUUGAGGUGA